GCCAUUUUGGACGCCGUUCAGCUUUUCGCAUGUCAGUCCCUCCUUCCCCCUCCAACUGCCCCGGCAGAGGGGGAGAAACACGCACCAGGACGCACGCGAGGGGGCUUCGCUUCUGCUCCAAGCGCCCAAACACUCGCUCCCGCUGCCGCCGCCCGGCCAGAAUGAAAAGCUGGAUGUUUGCGACAUCAGGGACUUUGUUUCCGAUCCGCGCGCUUCUGAGGGACACGCCGCGCCGUUGUGAAGAGGAGCUCGCGUUGUUAUUGUAGCGGGCGAAGAAUAGCGCGCGGGCCCUCGCGUUCAUGCGUUUCAUUUCGCUCUUAAAUGCUUUCGCGGCAUAAAGGGCGCCGUUUAUCGCCGGGAUCCUCGAAGGAAGGAAUAUGUUUGUUACCUGGCUGACUUUGGCGCUCGUCUGGUGCUCAGGAGGCAGUCAGGCGGAGGUGGCGACUAGAGAGUGCGUCUACUACAAUGAUAACUGGCGGACAGAGAAAACCAAUCAGAGCGGUUUUGAGAGGUGUGAGGGAGAGAAAGACAAGAGGCUGCACUGUUACGCCUCCUGGUUGAACUCCACCGGAACCAUUCGUCUGGUCAAAAAAGGCUGCUGGCUCGACGAUUUUAACUGUUAUGACAGACAGGAGUGUGUGGCCACAGAGGAGAGUCCUCAGGUGUUCUUCUGCUGCUGUGAAGGAAACUAUUGCAAUGAGAAGUUCACACACCUGCCAGAAGCCAUCGCUCCUGCAGUAAAGAUCCAGCCUCCUCAGCCAGGGCCGUCUCUGUGGGGUGUGCUGGUUUAUUCUCUCAUUCCUUUCGCCAUCCUCUCUCUGGCCCUGGUGCUCGCCUGCUGGACGUACCACCAGCGAAAACCACCCUAUAGACACGUUGACAUUGGCCAGGAUGCUGGUCUUCCUCCACCGUCUCCUCUGGUUGGUCUGAAGCCACUGCAGUUGCUAGAGUUAAAGGCCAGAGGGCGCUUUGGCUGCGUCUGGAAGGCCCAGUUACUGAGUGAAUAUGUGGCGGUGAAAAUAUUUCCCAUCCAGGACAAGCAGUCGUGGCAAAAUGAAAGAGACAUUUACCUCACUGAAGGGUUUAAACAUGAGAAUAUUCUGCAUUACAUCUCAGCAGAAAAACGCGGCACAAACCUUCAGAUGGAGUUGUGGCUGGUCACAGAAUUCCACGAAAGGGGUUCACUAACAGAUUACCUGAAGGGAAACCCUGUGAGCUGGCCUCAGUUGUGCCAUAUUUCUGCAAGCAUGUCCCGUGGCCUGGCGUACCUUCACGAAGACCUUCCUUACAGAGCAGAGGGACCCAAACCCGCCAUCGCACACAGAGACUUCAAGAGUAAGAAUGUCCUGCUCAAGACUGAUUUGAGCGCAGUGAUUGCAGACUUUGGGUUGGCUGUGCGCUUCGAGCCUGGGAAACCGCCUGGAGAUACACACGGCCAGGUGGGCACUCGGCGUUACAUGGCUCCAGAGGUGCUGGAGGGAGCCAUUAAUUUCCAAAGGGACGCCUUCCUAAGGAUCGACAUGUACGCUCUAGGACUGGUGCUGUGGGAGCUGGUGUCUCGCUGCACCGCCUCCGAUGGUCCUGUAGGUGAGUACCAGCUGCCCUUUGAGGAGGAGGCGGGCCAGCAUCCUUCACUAGAAGACCUUCAAGAUGUGGUGGUCCACAAGAAGAUGCGGCCCAUCUUUAAAGACUGUUGGAUCAAACAUCCGGGUUUGGGCCAGCUGUGCGAGACCAUCGAGGAGUGCUGGGACCACGACGCAGAGGCGCGACUGUCGGCCGGCUGCGUGGAGGAGCGCAUCUCCACCAUCUCCAAGACCGCCAACACCAUCAACACGUCUACCUCGGAGUGCCUGGUCUCCAUGAUGAUGAUGACGACGUCCCACAGCGACACGGACCUUCCUCCCAAAGAGUCCAGCACCUGAACAUCAGGGACGGCGAACCACGGCGUUCAUCGCUCCAGUAAAUGUGAACUUUGCUGCUAAUUUGAUCUCUGGAUCGUCAUGUAUUUAAUUUCUUCUUCUUGCAUCGUCGGAUCGCUUUCACCAGCACAUUCAUCUACUGUACUCUUCCGAGAAGGAAGGCACACACGGAGAAACCUCAAACGCGAGAAGACCGAACUCUCAGAGGGCAUUCAGGGGAUCGUUUCGGACUGCUGGGAUAUGAGCACACGUUACCUCAUCGGUUUUAAUGCCAUUUUUAAGUUGUUGUUUUUUUGCCUUCACUCCAUGAAUACCUCCAUCCCGAACGCUCGACCCUCGGGUUCUAUCAAGACGAUCUGAUGACUGUUACGCAACCUUCCAAGAGCACACAAGGUCCUUUUUGUACUCAGUGAAUUUUAGUCUAGUUUUAACGUACCCUUUCUUCCUCGAAGCGUCUCGUGGGAUGUUUUUUGUGGCGUUUCCUGCAGCCGUCUGGGACACCGGAAGCGGAAGGCAGCGGGACUGUUACGAUUCGAGUUGCCUUUCGCGGCGUCGGGAUUGGUUUUAAUGUAGCAUCCGCUUGUGUUGAAGUAUCUGAAGUCAGACGUGCCAUCGGUUCAGCGUUCGUUUUUGUUUUUCUUCUGAGUGACGAGCUGCAGUCCAAGUGUUAGUUCUGCGGCCGCGUGAAGAGCAGCGCUGCGUUACAGGAUUGCUUUCGAUCACGGCUCAAUGUUUGGGUGCACCAGGAAAGCGCGUGAUGUUUAUCCGCUACACUACUCAGGUAAACUCUGUGCAUGUGAUUGUGACCGCUCACUCUUACAGCAAUAGUUCUCAGCAGUAUGGUGAAUCUCACCAGGAAAAAUCUGGGUCAUAAGCCACCUGAAAAUCUGAAGGAAAAAUGUAGUUAUGCAUCCGUGAAAAUUUAGCUUUUUAUGAUUUUUUUUGUUUUUUUUUAAGCACGCCUUGGCAUAUCUUUUAGCAUGAUGCAGAAAAAUACUUUAUUCGAAAUACUAGAUGCUUCAUUAAAAUGAAAGAAAUUUGUUUCAAGAAAACUAACUCCCUCGCAUCGCAGAAAUGAGAAAAGGUUUUUUAGUACGUCACAGUAAAUGGGACAAAUUGGACUUGGCAUAGACUUCAUUCUCUUUAUGCAGCAGAAAAUAAAGCUCUUGGGCCAUUGCAUAUUAUCUCUUUCUAUCAAGUGAAAAAACACCACCCCACAAUUAAGUUUUUGGACACCUAAAAGAUAUUUACAAUAAUUUUUUUCUUGCUUGCAGUAAUUAUAACGUUGUUUUGCAUUACAGUAAUAAAUAUUCAAUAUGCUGAAAUUUCAUAAAUGCUUUAAUUUAGCAGAAAAAUAGCAACAGUUAAACAACUGUUUGUUUAUCAAAUUAUUACUGUAAUGCAAAAAAGUGUGCUUUUUCCCCCCUUUAAAUUGGUGUCAAAUGCAAUAAAAAUCUAACCUAUUUGUUUUGUUUUUAACAAUUUGAUUAAAAAAAUUUGGUAUCACUUUAAAUUUAGAUGCCAUUUAUUAACAUUAGUUUGUGUAUUAACAAAUAUGAACAAUCAAUGAUCGAUACCGUAUUCAUCUUCGUUAACGUUAGUUUAUAAAAAUACGAUCAUUCAUUCAUUGUUAGUUCAUGCUCACAAUGCAUUUACUAAUGCUAACAAACACAACUUGAAAUUAGCAUUAGAAGUGUUGUUCAAAGUAAUUAGAUCUUUUAAUUGGCUUUGACAUUAAUGUUUAAAGAGCAAAUAAAAAACAAUUGAGCAACAAAUGAUCACUACAGUAACACAAUUAACCUAAAAUGAACUCAAAUGACCUAAAAUAUAUUCACAGUUGUGCUUAAUUUUUUUUUUUUCCUGCAUGAUAGCAAAACAGUAAUAAUUAGGGCUGCACGAUUGACAAAAUCUAACUCGAUUCGCUUAAAAUUGUAAACGCAAUUAUUAAUUAUUAUUGACAAGACUUACAUUGAAUGAUGUUUAUACCACUGUCAAAUUUUUAUAUAAAAACAAAUAACCUGAAAACCUUUUAAACCGAAACAUUUAUAUUGUGCUUCUCUAGUACUAAACCUUAAGUCAAAUAUUCAUUGGUUUGGUUUCUUCUUGAAAUUUUAUAUAUAUAUAGUAAAACACACAAGGUAUUAUAAUGUUAAGCAACCUAUAAUUAACCUGUAGAAAGAGAAAACAUCUUAAGCAUUCAGAUGAACAUAAAUGGACUUUACAUAAUCGUUCAAGAAGGUAAUAAUUGUUUAAUUAUGGCAUCCAUGAUUGUAAUUGCGAUUUAUAAAUUAAGUGCAAAUUAACUGCAACCCUAGUAACAAUGAUUUUUUUUUUGCACCAGUAAUAGAAGACUAGCUGAAAUGUCAUGAAAAUCCCGUAUUAUCAUUGUUUUUUUUUCCUCAUGCAUCUUUUUCCUUGGGAUUUUUGGGACGCGUUAUGACCCUGGAUGUUUCUCGAUUCACAUCUAUCUCCACAGUGGCGAUAUCUUCAGAGCUCGCCUGUUUCCCGCAAUAACUCGAGUGUUGAAGACCGAAUGUCCGUAGUGCUGUACUCCUCCAAUCAUCUCAUGGACUCCGGCGUUGUUCAGAAACGGGCAGCUUUUCUCAGACUCGUUGGUCGGCGUAGCGCUAACACGAUCACUGAAUCUCGACCGUCAUGCUCUCAGUGAUUAGAUAUACCUCAGAUAUUGUGACUUUUUUAUAUAUGAAUAUAUCUAAAGUAUUUUAUUCAGUUUUUGUGGUAGCAAUAUAAUUUAAUAUCCAGCUGCUUUUCUGUGAUUCCCGGAGAUUUUCUUUUUAGUUUUGACACAGAAGGUGCUCUGAAUUUGAUUGCCAGGUGCUCGGUGCGUUUCCAGCAUCCGCAGGUUCAAUGGCUUCUGAGGUUCAGAUGAACUGUUCUCUGAGGAGACGCAAACCUCCCUCACUUCUCUUUUAGUUUACGUUUGUUUGUUUGUUUGUGUGGUACACGUAUCUUCUUCCCUCUUCGUCUCCGUCUUAUCAAUUGUAUUAAGUUGGAUUUCUCUCUUAUCAAAUCAGGGAUUUGAAAUAUAAUUAAAGUAUUGCAGUGCAAGUUGUGCAAAUUUAGUUGAAGCCAAACUUUGUAUGCUAUCAGGUGUUGAUGUGUGAUGUGUAUAUAAAUAACGUCAUCGGAUCUGCUAACUGAUGUAGAUGAAGCAUCUUUUACUCUCGUUAUGUUUCGCAUUAAUAAACCCUGAAGAAGAGUUCGUACGUUUAGGACAACCUGAGGAGAUUUCCUUCGCCGGCUUCUCAUGAAGGAUCAGGAACGAUGGAGGUCUGUUGAUGUGGUUGUUUUGUUUUUUUUUAUUAUUACUAUUAUUAUUUUUACUGCUGCUAAUGUAGUAAAUGUAUGUUGUGUUGCCCGGUUUGGGUCAUUUCAGA